AUGCCGCCUACCGCAGGCGAGACACCGGCCAGCAGCACUGGAGCUGCCCCAAGUGAGGCAAACUAUCAGCUGCCGUGGACGGCAAUCCCCCGAUUCAUUCCUGGGACGACAGAUGUCACUGAGUAUACAAAGAAGUUACAGUUUUUGGCGGCCAUGUGGCCGAAGGAGAGCAUAGCAUUGCUUGCCCCGAGAGCUGCUCUGUUGUGCGAGGGCACAGCGUUCAAGAAAGUGUCAUCGCUUCCAGCUGACAAGCUGAAAAGCAGUGAUGAUAGCGGUGUUCAGCUUCUGGUCAAGACCUUAGGCGGGUCAUGGGGCCGCACGACGGUGGAGCUGAAGUAUGAUGUUUUUGAGAAGGCGAUUUUCGGCACCGUUCAGAAGCCUGAUGAGUCGAAUGACAGCUAUCUGGCACGGCAUGAUGUUCACUUUGAGGAGCUGCUAGCACAGAAUGUGACCUUUGAAGAGGUCCGGGCUUACAUUCUGUUGCGACAGUCGGCCCUGUCAUCGGAGGACCGAAAGAAGAUCGUCGUGGAGAUGGCAGGGGCGCUCAAGUAUGACAAGGUGAGCUCGGCAAUUCGUUUGCUGGGUUCAAGGUUCUUUUCGGACUUGCAGGGCCAGCGAGGCGCAUUCCGAAACAAGACCUACGAUGCCAACAUCGCCGACGAGGCCGGAGCAGACGACUUCGACCGGGCCUACCAGGCCGCCGUGGCUCCAGGAACUGGAGACGACUAUGAACCGGAGCUUGAUUCGGAGCUUUUGGAAGCUCUGGUCGCUGCAGAGGACAGCGACGCGCUCACGGUGGUGAACUUCGAGGAGGAGUUGGAAAGCUUCUUCCAGGACACCCCGGAGAUGCAGGAGGCCUUGGUGAGCUACAUGGAAGCAAGAUCCCGCUUGUUAUCCAAACGAAAGGUGCGCGGUUUCUGGCCGGUGAAUGGUUCGAAGGGAGCCAAAGCUGCUGGAAAGGGGAGCAAGGGAAAAGGGAAAGGGAAGAGCGGGCGUGAUCAAUUGCUAGCCCGUAUCGCCAAGUCUACUUGCAGGGCUUGCGGAGAGCGUGGACAUUGGAAAGCAGAAUGUCCAAAGUACGGCAAGCCAGGCUCAAUGACCCACUCUGCGAAGGCAGAGGCCGCAACCUCGGUGGCCGAGGUGGAUCCUGAUCCGGCGACUGCCCUUUUGGCAGGCCAUCGCAGUGGCGAUGGAGCGUUCGAGGUCCUGACUGAGCUACCCGAGGAAGCCCUCACCCUUGCCGAGGCCGCAAAGAAGUGGAGCCAAAUCAUGGCGGCCAUGCACAGCACGACUGCUGUAGAGGCCAUUCUUGACACAGGUGUGUCAGCCCCCAAGGCGGAGUCCGGACUCUCCCUCGGAGCCAGGUUCUCCCGUCUAACGGACGGCACCCAGAGUUACACUCUGGAGCAGGCGCGCGUGGCGCCCAUGGCCGAUCUGGGCAAGCUGCCAGUGACGUUCGGGAAACAGGUGAAAGGUCGCCUGUUCGAGGAUGUGAUCGUGGCCGAACCGGCCUGGAUCCGCUGGGUUUGCGAUCAUCUGAGCUCAAGCGAGAAGCAUGCCCACCAGAUCCUCUUGAUCUACAUCGAACGCCACAUUUCCGAGGCCGAAGCUUUGGAAGAGGACUUACGAGCCUCCACCGAAGUCCCUGCUGCUUCCAAGCCAAGCCCAAAGAGCAAGGUGGCUCCCCGCAAGGGGCCAGUGCCCGAGUCCAAUCAACCGGAGGAUCCCUGGGACAUGGUGACCGAUCCCGAUCACCAGAUCAUGAUGGAGACUCAGGUUCAGGACCUAAGCGUUCGCAUGAACCAGAUGGAAGGAAUGAUGCAGCAGAUGUUGAGUGCCAUCCAACAACUCAGCCUGAGCCAGCCGAAAGCACCUCGGUCAGCAGUGGAACACGCAGUGGAUUCUCAGAAGCUGGCGCCUGCAUAUGUGACAUUCGGCACGUAUGUGCACGGCGGAGUUGUUGGAGUGACGCGUGUGUCACAGGAGUAUCCGUGGCUGACCCAAGUACUUUCUCAUGUUGCUACACAGGCGCAGCCGGACCAUCCAUUCACUUCCAUCUCGAUUUCCUGCAAUGUCAAAGCAAAACCUCACAAGGACAGUUACAACAGCUUAGAGAUUCCCAAUCUGAUUGUGCCACUUGUGUACCCCCAAAAGGGAGGAGAAGUGUGGGUAGCAGGCCCCCCAGGUCCCAAUCAACGCAUAGUGAAUAUGAUGUGCAAAGGAAAGAAGGUCGCUGGGUCACUACGUUGCUUGAAGGAUCCGAUGCUCAUCGAUCCACAUGAGUACCAUGCUUCUAUGCCGUGGAGCGGCAAUCGCUUGCUUCUUGUGGGAUAUGCCUCCAAGGCAUACUACAAACUCCCCGCUGAAGACCAAAGGUGGCUCCGGGAUAAAGGGUUUCCGCUGCAGAAAAUUCCUCAGCAGAUGCCACAGGCAGAUCCCUACAGGACCGAGCAAGCGAAUCAGGCACUCGAUGAGCUUCCUGUCUUCGAUCCUCCGAAGUCCAUGUUGCGCCAGGCUCUCGAGGAAGGUAGUCAUCUGUUAGCAGCUCCUGCCUUGUUGACCGAAGCACACCAGGCCGUUGAAGCAUGCGUUCAAGCCUUUAAUCAGGCUCAGAUCGCGUCCUGGGAAACCUUUGAAGAUUCCCUGUUAACAUAUCAACAACCGGUAGAGAAGCAGUUAGAUCUGUUGGAAGUAUCAGUAUAUACUGAUAGUCGCCUGACGCAAGCAGUGAGAGACCUUGGUGGUCACGCACAACGAUUCACGAAGGAGCAUGGAGAUCUCUCUACCACGGAAGGCCAAAGGGAACUCUGGAAUGUUAUCCAGAAAACGCAGCCACGCCACAUCUGGGUUGCUCCCGACUCUAGGCUAUGGAACUCGUGGUCCCAUUUCAAUGCAGCACGUAGUGAAGCGUACAAUCAACGGAUGUUGGCCGGUCGGCAGAGAGAAACCGUCAUUCUCCAGCUGUACUGUAAGCUUUUUGAGUGGCAAAAGCGACACGGCCGGGCUUUCCAUAUGGAACAGCCAGUCGGUUCUUCCAUGUUACGCGAGCCCUACCUGCAACCCAUUGUCUCUCAAACCCAACGGGUGAACAUAGACAUGUGCGCUUUUGGACUACAAACACCUGUGAGUAAACGACCAAUCAAGAAAGCGACCGCUAUCCUUAGCUCCUCCCCAGAAUUACUUAGGACCUUAAUCGCCAAACAGUGUGGUGGACACCCUGUCCAUCAGCCGUUGUCUGGAAGAAUUCGGGAGUUAGGGAGCCAGACCGUGUCGCAAUAUGCUGCAUCGUACUGCCCGGGCUUUGCGAAUCAUCUUGCGUGUCAUCUGCUACAGGAUCGCGAUGUUGAUAAAGCCAUGGUUGCACAAGGUCCCGAUCCCCCACUGACCCGUAAACGGUUUAAGACUUCUGUAGGGAUCCAUAGUCCUUGCCCCACCCUAGGAUCAGUGAAGCGAUCAGCAGAUGCCCCACAGGAAAGUGCCCAGCCGCGCCGCCGGCUGGAUGUUCCGCUUUCUACAGAGAUGCCCGAAGCUUUGCCCAGUCUUGAGUGGAAGCCGAUCUUCGAUGCAGCACUUGAGUUGACGAACCGAGCCAGUCCUAUAUUAAUUCCCCCGCAACACGAUGUGAUCACCCGCAUAUCCCAAGCCUUGCCCCAGUAUAGGGUUCUUCAGGUCUUUGUUGGUUGUGGGUCAAAGAACUUACAUCAUCCACUUGGCGCGUUACCAGCUACAGUCGCCCCCAUACGAAUCAGCCUUGUGGCAAUGGAAUCAGCCAAUCAUGAUAUGGAGUACCGGUGUAUAGGUAAGGAGACUAGGUCUUCGCUGAGUAAUGACCGCAAGCGAGCUCGGAUUCGUCCCGCGCGCUGCCUUUUGACCGUGUUUGCGCAGACGACUCCUGUUGGAGACGGUGAGUCAAGCGCACAGCCCUCCGCCAAUGCAUCAGUCCCUAACCUCGAAGGCUGGGCCCCGCCUCCAGUCCCCCUACAUGGACCCGCGUAUCGGAAUCUGAGUUCCCAGGAAAAGACGACACUAAGACGCGUCCAUGUAAAUCUAGGCCACCCCUCGCCCGAUGUACUGGCUCGCCAUCUUCAAGCGGCAAAGGCAGAGCCGCACAUCAUCGAAGCCGCUCGCGAGUUCCAGUGCGACACCUGCCUGGAAUCCACACAUCCUCUUCAUCAACGGCCCAGUAAAUUGCCCGAGCCCAGAGAGUUUAAUGACUUAAUUGGUGUAGACGGGUUCCAUUUUAAGGCUAAGUCUGGUUUUAAAGCCUAUGUGUUACAUGCCAUUGAUGAGGCAAGCUGUUUUCAGCAAGGUCGCCGAGCCGUGUCUCGACAUGCUGCUGAUGCCAUUCAAGCCCUUAAUGAUUUCUGGCUAAAUUGGGCUGGUCCACCUAAACGGGUGUAUUUGGACCCUGCUGGGGAGUUUCGCUCAGAGGAAGUGCUAGAGUAUUUCCAAGGCAUGAAUGUGCAAGCGCAUGUCACGGCAGCCGCGUGGCAAAGAGGCCGCCUAGAGAGGCAUGGAGACAUCCUUAAGGAAAUGUUGGAACGCCUAGAUAUAGCUGAACCAAUCACCAACGAUGUAGCUUUUGAUAAGGCAUUUUUUUUUUUUUUUAUGGCCAAGAAUGCACUUGUCCGCCAUGAGGGAUACUCCCCCGAACAAAUAGUGUUUGGUAAAUCCCUACGUGUUCCCGGGAGCCUUACGUCCGAUGAGGAUUUAACCUCGCACGCUUUAGCCGAAGGUGCCGAACUUGAGGCAGAAAGGCAUCGCCAGAGACUGAAUUUGAGAUGUCUCGCCCGCAAGGCCUUUUUGGAAGCAGACAACUCGCAAACCAUCCGCCGAGCCGCCCUUCGUCGAAGCACACCGCUCCGAGGGCCAUUCACUCCCGGGAUGUGGGUUUUGUACUGGACUAAGAAAAGCUCUCCUAACAGACUUGCAGCUGGUCGCUGGCAUGGGCCAGCUAAAGUAAUAUGUUCUGAGGGGAAAUCCAUUGUGUGGGUGGCCCACGGAACGACGAUCAUCCGAAGCGCUCCUGAGAACUUACGACCGGCGUCUUUGAGAGAAUGGCAGAGCCUGACCGAUUCACAUGUGGAUGAGACGUGGAAGAACUCAGGAGGUGCCAGUUCGUUUGUCGAUUUGACGGCACCCGCUGGUAAUCCUGGUGAAUCUGGCCCGACAUCGGGCUCCGGUAGUCUGUUAGGUCCACCUGCCUUUGCGCCUGAUCCAGUAGUCCCCGCACCCAACGUAGGCGGUAUGGAAGCCACUGAUCCAGUUGAAGAAAUCGGUCAGCCAGAGCAAGAGUUAACUCCCCAAGUAAGCCAGGAAGCAGCCGGUGUCGAGCUCGAGCCUAGCUCUGCUGCAGCUCCACCGCCCGUUUCCGUGACCUCGGGUGAAGCGCCUCCGGUAGCCGAUAAUCCCCAAGACAUACCCGUUCCCGGAUCGGAUGAAGGUUUGUGUACUGAAGAUAUUUUUCUGUCUUGUGAGGAAUCCAACAUUUCAGAGGGUUCUGAAAGUGAUUUGCUGCACUUCAUGUCCUUUGAAAAGGGAGCCGAUCCGGCCUGUCCUCCUCUAGCCGAAGACAAUCUUCCUUAUGUUCACCAGCCUCUUCAGGGUAAUGCUGAGCAAGCCUUUUGUCUUGAGGUAGACCUUAAACCCAAGGAAGUAAAACGCUGGCGUAAGGAAACUUCCCCAAGUCAACUGGUUGCCGUAGCAGCUGCGAUGAAGAGGACCCGAGCUGAGGUGUGUUUAAAGGACUUGACGACGAAAGAAGUUGCCCUGUUUGAACAAGCCAAACAGAAGGAAAUCAAUUGUUGGGUCCAGACAUCUGCGAUCCGUGCCAUUCUUCGUCGCAAGUUGAAUCCCGAACAGAUUCUGAAGAGCCGCUGGAUCCUAACGUGGAAGGCGCCAGAGGAAGGAGAAACGCAGCAAAGGGCCAAAGCUAGAUUAGUGGUUCUAGGGUACCAGGACCCUAAGCUAGUGGAAGUCACCCGGGAUGCCCCGACGUUGUCUAAAGAAGGUCGAGCCGUAGUCUUGCAGACCAUUGCUUCCAAGCGUUUCCAGUUGAGCUCAUUCGACAUCAAGACAGCCUUUCUCCGUGGCAAAGCCGAUGCAUCCAAUCCACUGGCCAUGGAACCCCCUAAGGAACUUAGGAAAACUUUAGGUCUUAAGGAUGAUGAAGUUUGUGAGCUCCUAGGAAAUGCCUACGGUCGCGUGGAUGCUCCUCUCUUGUUCUACAAGGAGUUGAGCAAGCAGCUGCUAAGCCUGGGAUUCACCCGACAUCCGUUAGAACCAUGCGUGUUUAUGUUGUAUCAAAAUGAUACCCUUCAUGGAAUCCUGGGGAUGCACGUUGAUGAUGGUGUCGGUGGUGGGGAUUCCGUGUUUAAGCAAAAGAUUGAUGAGCUUCAGAAAACUUUGCCUUUUGGGAGUCGUAAGUUUGAUAACUUCGUCUUUACUGGCAUUCAGCUGCGACAACACGUCGAUGGAUCGAUUCAGGCGAGUCAGGGAGACUAUGUCCGGAGUAUUCCCCGGAUAGAUGUAGGUCGGGUCCGCCGCCAAAACCUUGAAGAAAAGGCUAAUGAAAGUGAGCAGUCCAAGCUUAGGGGUCUAAUUGGUAGUUUGCAGUAUGCCAUCACGCAUACCCGUCCCGACAUGGCAGCCAAAUUGGGUGAAAUCCAAAGCCAGACCUCAUGCCCGACCAUCCAAACUCUCUUAUCCGCGAAUAAAGUACUUAGAGAGGCUCAGGAAACUUCGCAGGUGAGCAUUCGUUACCUUCCGAUCCCGGUGUCCCAACUCACCUUUGUGUCGUUUGGGGAUGCGUCUUUUGCCUCGGCCAAGAACUUGAGCUCCCACCAGGGAGUCUUGGUCUGUGCGACAGACGAGAGUUUGAACCUUAAUCGUGAGGCCCCAAUUUCCCCAAUAGCCUGGAGUUCUAAGAAGAUACCCCGAGUAGUAAGGUCCACCUUAUCCGCUGAGGCAUAUGCCAUGUCAAAGGCCGUAGAUAUUCUUGGAUGGACUCGUGCCCUGUGGGGCACUAUUCACGUGAGCACCUUUCGUUGGCAAGAACCCGAGGUCAGCUUUAAGGAACUUCGCACUGCAACCAUAGUAACAGAUUGUAAGUCCCUUUACGAUCUAGUCACCCGACUGGCUAUGCCUUCUUGCGAAGAGUUUCGAACGACUUUGGAGGUAUUGCUGAUAAAACAGCGCUGCUCGGAGAAUGCCACUUUCCGAUGGAUACCUACCACCUUACAGGUAGCUGACAGUUUGACCAAACCCAUGGACCCAGUUCUGUUGCGAACAGUGUUGGCCCAAGGCCGAUUCCGCCUUUAUGAUGCUUCCGAAAACUUGACUAAGACGGCACAGCGCAAAGAGGCAGUUCAAUGGCUGUCACAGCCUCCCCAGAAACCCUUCUUGAACACCAGUGGUGUUGGAAAGAGUCCAGCGGGCUGA